UACGGUUCUUCUGUGUCGAGCCCACAUAAUGUAGGUCAGCGGUGAUAUUCACAAACCCAAAAUGGCGGACGCAGUGGAGGAAAACAUCAAAGAUGAGGAUAUAUCUCAAAGACAUAAACGAGAAAGGAAAGAGCUUCAAGCCAAAAUACAAGCUUUAAAACACUCUGUGCCCAAAGGAGACAAGAAGAAGAAGAAGGAGGUCACCCUUGAAAUAGCUAAAAUAGAAGCAGAUCAAGAAAAUAGACACAAACAAGAACAAGAAAAAAACAAGAAAAGUACUGAGCCAGAGUUUCAAAAUGAGACUAGUAGACUCUCAGAGAAACUGGAGGAAACACACAUCUCAUCUGGCUGUUCAGAAGAAAAGGUGUCGCGAGCUCAGAAGAGAAGAGUGAAGAAAGCAUCUAAAGAGAACGAACGAGAGCAAAGAAUAGCAGCAGCAGAUUUAGAAAAUGUGAACAGUGCUCGCAAUGUUGAGGCCAUGAAGAUCAAGCAGAGAUUGAAAGAAAUAAAUCUAGAAAUUGUUGAGAUACUACCAGAUGGUCACUGUUUAUACAAUGCUGUUGCAGAUCAAAUGAAGAGAAGAAAUAAGGAGAUAAAGAUGUUGUCACUCCGACAGCAGACAGCAGACUACAUGUCAUCUCACUCAGAAGACUUUCUCCCUUUCCUAACACACCCAGAUACAGGAGACAUGUAUACACCAGAGCAAUUUUCAAAAUACUGUGAGGAUAUAGCUGAGACUUCUGUCUGGGGCGGACAGCUUGAGCUGAGGGCAUUGUCCCAUGUUCUGCGCUUGCCAAUAGAGAUUCUACAAGCUGAUGCACCUGCCAUAAAGAUAGGAGAAGAAUUUGAGGAGCAGCCCAUUACUUUAUCGUACCAUCGCCAUGCUUAUGGGCUUGGUGAGCACUACAACUCAGUCACCACGGCCACCCCGAUUAAUAAAGAUGACGGCAGCACAACCACACCUAUACCCUAAUGCCACAGUCUUGCAGGGCCCCAUAAGUCACAGAAGAAAUGAUUACUGAUAGGUACUAUAUUACCUGAACACAAGAACUUUGAAGGGAGAUGAGAAACAGCUCAAGUUAGUGGAAUUGUUGUUAUCAUCUCAGUUAAUUCUUAAGAAAAUAUUGUAGUCGAACUAAUCUCUGGACAAAAAGAGAGAGAUUAUGUAAAGUCCAUAUUACCUUUCAGAGUUAAUAGAUUUGGUCAAUUCUUUAUAUUUUCAUCUUCCAAGGAAGUGAAAUUUUCAAAUAUCUGUAGAAAAUUCAAAUUUCAAUCAAACUCAACUCCCUUUUCAGAAUUUGAAAGUUUAUCUAUGCUUUUUUAGGCUGGAUUGGUAUAAGUGAGAGGUUAAGAACCUUAAAGAGAAGAGAGGUUAAGAACUUUAAAGGAAAGAGAGGUUAAGAACUUUAAAGGAAAAAGAGGUUAAGAACUUUAAAGAGAAGAGAGGUUAAGAACUUUAUAGAGAAGUGAGGUUAAGAACUUUAAAGAGAAGAGAGGUUAAGAACUUUAAAGAGUGGAGCUCAAACACACUUCAUGUAACAGAUUAGUCCACACCUGAGACUCUCUUUGCGCUCGACAUUCUGGCUCGCGUGAAAGCGAGGCAGAAUGUUGAGCACAAACAGAGUCCCAGAUCUGGACUAGUAACAGAUCCGACCUGGUUAACUGUUUGUCUACCCAGGACGUUGUGAAGUCUCUGAAUUGUCCCAGGCAGAUAUUUUCUUCACCUGUGCACAAGCACUUGGGGUGAAUAUUGCACUUGUGAAUUUGCUGACUAAGUAGGAAUAUUCAUACUUGGUGGAGCCCCUCCCCGCGAAUCCCUUUCAAAAAAGGUGAGAAUUUGGACUUGGUCGGGUCUGUUACUGUUACUUGGUCGGGUCUGUUACUGUUACUUGUUUGGGUCCGUUACUGUUACUUGGUCGGGUCUGUUACUGUUACUUGGUCGGGUCUGUUACUGUUACUUGGUCGGGUCGGUUACUAAGUUUGGGUAGGCAGACCCACAGGUAGCCCAAGCUUCGUUCUGGUAAGGGUUCAAAUGUGAAUCUUGAAUCUUGAUAAAGGCGCUUUAAUAGGGCCAGAGAACAAACAAAAAGUAAACAUAAACACAACACUAGACUACAUACGUCUUUUCAACAAGUUUUUUAUUUUUCACAAAAUUUUUUUUUUUUUGCCCUAUGUUUACCGUAAAAAUCAAUAGGGACAAAUUAAGAGCUUGGGCUACCUGUGGCAGACCCUGCUCCAGGUGUGUCGCCAGGAUUUGCUGAGGAGGACUGUGCAGUUAUUGAUGUCAUAUGUAAAAAGUACAGUAAAAACCCACCUGUAAGAACCUAGUGAUUUAAGAACCUAUAGAAUUUCAAUACCCCAAAAUAUAAGAACCUACUAAGCCUAAAAAUUCUUAAUGUCCUUAUAUGAUGGAUUACACCAUUAAAAAUGAAACAAAUUAUGGGGCUUUAAAAUAUAAAUUUGCUAAACAUUUUGCUGUUCCAUUAAGAUAAAAUUUCAGAUACAACAUUCAUGCAGUAGGGUAUCUCUACAGCAAAAUGAUUAUGAAUCCAACUGUUGAUUAAGCAACUUGGAAAAAAAAGUUAAGAACCUAAUAAGAACAUAUUUCGUCUUCAUUGUGAGUAAGUACACCAAGAUAUAAGAACCUGUCUUGUCAAACGAAAAAAAAAAGGUUCUUACACGCGGGUUUUUACUGUAUAUUAUAUCACGAUUUUUUAAGAAAUGACCCACCUAUUGGUGACCAAGAGGGCUGUACGCACCUGCUGCUCUACUUAUUUGUCUUAGUAUUUGGUAACAGCUUUAUACUAAGAGGCCCCGAGACCCGCGUUUCAGAUUCCGAGCCCGAGACUUUUGUCAAAUUUCGGAAUACGAACCCGAUCUUUUCCGAGAUUAUUUUCGGUAACUUGCUCGAGAUAUGUCAUAAACAUCAGUUGAAAAAAAGAAUAAGUAGAGUUACAAUACAAUCUUGCUACAAGGGGAAACCCGUAGCAUGGUAACAAAAUAAAAUAGCGUGUAACAAAAUAAGAGGCUCCUAGAUCGCGUUUAAAAAUCCGAGACUCCGACACCGUGGUAAAAAAAAACUAUGCUCCUAGACCCUAAAAUUUUGAAGAAAAAAAACGAGACUUCGAGACCUGCAUAAAAAAAAACGACGAGAUUCCGAGACUUUGCGAAAUUUUUGCGAGACUUUGGAAAUUUCGAGAUACCCAUCGCUACCCCUACUAAGGACAAAUAUUUGAUUUGUUUUUAUACAGCAUCACUAGUGAUUAUCCCACAGGUAGCCCAAGCUUAGUGUCUUUUUUCAUGGAAGGUUAAAGGUAGAAUCAUAGCACACAUUGACUCUCAGUCACACACUCGGAGUCACACAGUGAGUCAGUCAGUUCCAAUGCGGAUUUCAUAGACAUUUUGAGUUCUAAAUACCCCUUCAUAUAUGCCAUUACGCUUGGUCUUCCUGUGUGACUGCGUGCAACCUGCGGUUAAACAAUGCGUCUAUAGCUUACAAGCAGAGAAUAUACCUGUAAUAAAAACUGAGUGCAUAUUCAA